AUUCGUUCGAGGGAUCACAACACAACAUAAUGGCGAACCAUGUCAUGCCGAAAUUCUCCACAUGGACUAAAGAGACGUACAUCGAACCUGUAAAUAUGACAGGGCAUAGAUAUUACAGUCCUAACCACUUCCCAAGCUUUGGACAUACGUAUGAUCAUGGCGUUGGACGCGAAAAAUGGUUUCACGACUAUCGACGCUCUACAGUUGCUGAGAAGACUUUAAGAAAUGGUCAACUCUCAAUGAAUCCGCCACCUAUUCGACCUACAACAUUCUCCGAUAGCCCUGAUAGAGUUUUAGGUGCUAGGAAAUUAAGACGGGAAGCUAUUUUAAACCGUCCGAAUUAUCAUCUUGUCAAUCGGAUACCUGAUCGAGAACGCGAUCGAGCUCAAAUUGGAAGUAUGGUUUACGAACAUCGUCAACAAUACAGGGAUGAAAGCCAGACGUUAUAUGAACAUACUGUCCCGUUUUUUCACUACCCUACUGAAGCUCAAGACCAGUUCCUGCCUCGAGAGAGAUCGUCAAGGAAUUACGUGGGGAAUUAUCCAACGAGUCGAACCGCUGCUUUGGAAUACACGUAUGAUAAAGAAAGAGGACCGAAGCACUAUCAACUAUGGCACAAGGUUUGAUAAAUAAAAGAUACUAUUGUGGAACGAAAGAAUUUAUAGAUAAAAUAGAAUUUUCUUAAAGCAAUGCUUUGCUAUUUUAGAUUAUAAUGGAAAUUCUAAGUCGCAUUGAACAGAUUAUAACCACGUACAAAGAUUUAGUAUCCAUGUAUACAAACCCCUGGACAAUCUACGGUUUUCUUAUACAGCAGGGUAUUGUGAAAGUAUAUAAGAGUAUUAAGCCAUCGCACCUUAUUCUAAACAAAGUAAAAAUUUUAAUCAAAUCAUGUAGAUAUAUAUCAUUAGAUUUUGAAUGUAACUGCAAUUAAAACGCCGAUUUUAUUGGAAAUUUCAGGA